ACCACGUCAAAAAUUGUAAAUAUUAUUUACUUAAAUCUUAGCGUAAUGUUUUUUUAUAUUUUGAAAAUACAACGUAACUAAAGCAAUGGCGGAGAAGAAAAACGAAUUUCCGCCGGGGAUCGAGGCGUACAGGCGUUUGCUGGCCUUUGAGACAUGGGAGGAUUAUUUGGAUUCACUCAUUGAAAUUGCCGACCUACGAAAUCUAAGGAGCCUCGCCUCGGCGCGGACUGUUGCGGCACUUGGUUAUAGAGCAAAUGGUGACACACUAAAUGAAAAGGAAUUCUACGCACGUCGCGCCACCAUACACGCGAUUGUCUUUCCGGUAGUCCGGCCGUACGUGCUGGUCAGCGAGGGGGCGACAAUUGACGACCCCUUCUUCAGGGAGCUCGCUGUGCGUGAACGAGCCAACAGAGUCGGGAUUUUACAGUCCGUAAUAUUCAUCCGGCAUUUCACGAAAGGCGGCUUCGAAAUAUCCGGCUAUAUUGAUUACGCGCACCGGCUCAUAUCGGAGGAUUGGGGGCCGUAUUUCAGGAACAACAAAAUGCUGUGGCCAAAGGACAGUGAUUUGGGGUAUUACCAUUGGCGCCAUGGCACUGUGAGAAGCAAUAUCAGUAGAAAUUACAAGCCAGUCAUGGAUACAGAAAAAGGGCUACUUUUUCAAAAUCGUCACGAUCACAAGAUCAUUUGCCCCGAUCCGCAGCAAGAUCCCGGUCAAAAUACAACCAAGCAGAGAAUCUAUUCAAAACGCUACACCCAGGUUGAAAUCUAUGAUCAUGUUGUAAGAAGAAAAACUUGAGAGGAGUACAGUUUACUUUGGCCUCCCAGUUCUUUAGAGUAGGUUUUAUUAUCAAACCGAUAUCAUUUUUAUAGUAAGAAUUUUUCAAGUUACAAAUAAAUAUUUUUCGCAAUCA